AUGGCAGGCUCUAUCCUCUUCUCGGCGGCGCCGUACCACAUAAUAGCAUAUGGCACCCUGCUAGGCACAUCCUUCUGGCAUUCCUUCAUUGUCGGGCCAGUUAUGUUCAAGACCGUUGAGCGGCCUGUAUUCUCGGCUGUCCAGAGCGGACUUUUCCCAACCUACUUUGGUCUGCAGACUGCAAUCCCUGUUGUGCUGGCUUUGACUUUUCCUGGAAAUACCCUUCUGGGCAUUUCAACUGGAGUCUCGGGCCUUCUGGAUGAAUCGCACCGCCUUGGAUCGUUACUCCCAAUCACUACUGCCUUCCUCUCGGGUUUUGUCAACUUUGUUGUCUUGCUUCCUACAGUGAACAAAGUUAUGAAGCAACGUCAAGGCCAAGCCAAGCGUGAUGGGAAGGAAUGGUACGCCGAAGGUCCUCACUCUGAGGAGAUGCGAGCUCUCACCAAGAAGUUUGGCAUGCUUCAUGGGAUCUCCUCUCUUCUUAACCUCACAACUUUCUUGUCCGCGCUGGUCUACGGCUUUACUCUGGGAUCCCGCAUCCAGCCCCUGGCUGAAUGA